UCAAGAAGUGCCUUAAUCAGUUGACCCCUAAGAAUUGUAACAUCAUGCUCAGUUCCAAGACUUAUGAAAAUGAGGAAAUGUGUCACUUGAAAGAAAAAUGGUUUGGGACAAAGUACUCUGUUGAAGAUAUUCCACAAGAAUGGGAAGAAAGCUGGAACAAUUUGUCAAGUAACCCAGACCUGCAUAUACCAGCUCCAAAUCACUUCAUCCCAGACAACUUUGAUUUGUUACCGGGAGAAGCUGUACCUGAUUAUCCAGAGAAAAUUUGCUUUGAUGAUUAUGGUGAGCUUUGGUUCAAACAGGAUGUGAAAUUCAAGUUGCCAAGGACAUAUUGUAAUAUUUAUAUCCUAACAGAUCUCCUUCUCCAGUCACCAAGAAAUGCAGCUAUGGUAGACCUUUAUUUGAAUCUGUUUCGCCAACAUAUCAUGGAGGAUGCCUAUCCAGCAAGUAUGGCACAAUACAGCUAUUCAGUGUCAGCUACAGAGAGAGGCAUUGUCAUUAAAACCAAUGGUUUUAACCAGAAAUUACAUCAACUGGUUGAUCUUGUGCUUGAUCACUUGGAGAAAUUUGAGGAUUAUCUGGAUGAAAAAACCUUUCAGGAAAUAAGGCAGCAGCAAAUGAAAUCCUACCAUAAUUUUAUUCUUAAACCAGGAAACUUGCGCAAAGAUAUGCGCCUUUCAAUACUGCAAGAUGUUCACUGGACAGCUCAAGAGAAAUUGAAAGAGGUUAGAACAGUGACUAGUAAAGAACUGAUAGAAGAAAUUGCCUCUAAGAUGUUUCCAACAUGCCACUAUAGAGUCCUGGUUCAGGGAAAUACUGAUGUUAAACAGGCAUCUGAGCUUUACAAAAUGGUCAGCGAUAGAAAACAGAGAUCUGGGAUCAUAAAGUCACCUUUUCCUGAGCUUCGCACUUUUAAGUUACCAAAUGGCUGUAAUGUAGCAAGAGCACAUGGAUUCAAUCCAGCUGACACCAACAGUUCUGUCAUAAAUUAUUAUCAGAGUGAUCCUGGUACAGGAGAGACUGAAGUGCUUCAUGAGUUUAUUCAGAUGGUAAUGGAUGAGCCUGCUUUUGAUUUUUUGAGAACUCAAGAACAGCUGGGGUACAGUGUUUACUGUACAAACCGGAAUACCUUUGGUAUUCUUGGUCUGUCAUUAACAGUAAAUACUCAAGCCAACAAAUUCAGUGUGUGUCAUGUUGAUGAAAGAAUAGAAACAUUCUUGACACACUUUAUUACUACUGUGGAGAACAUGAGUGAUGAAGAAAUGUCAACACUGAAGGAAACUUUAAUUAGCAUGAAACAGACUGUUGACAUAACAUUAGGUGAAGAAGUUGCAAGAAACUGGAAUGAAAUUGUUGAUGGAGAGUACGUCUUUGAUAGACGCAAACGUCAGAUUGAACUAAUCAAACUAAUAACAAGAGAGUCAACAGUGGCUCAACUACAAAAGGUGCUGUCAGAUAAAGAUAAUUCAAGCUACAGGAAACUAUCCGUACAGGUUGUUGGUUCUACUAAUCCUGAAAAUGGAGUGCCUCCUUCACUUGACUGUCUCACUGAUUACAGUACUAAUAUGAAGCUGGUUGGACCUGUAGAAGGAGACAAAGAUUUUACAGAUGAACAGUUUGUUAAGGACAUUAAUGAUUUUAAAGUGCAGCUGAAAUUAUAUCCAGUUACAAAAAUAUUGUAGCAUAAAUUUUAAUCACAAGGUGCAUUUUGUUUUUGUUGAAUUUGACACUACUUUCAAAUCACUCGGUAAUCACAAAUCUCAUGUCAUUCAGCUAGUUGAUCAAACAUUGGUUUAAUUUAAGAAAAUAUUCUUAGAAUAUACAUCUGUGAUAUGUGUUUACAUAAUAAAAGGGAAAGUUGCUAAACCCUACUCCCUUGUUUAUUUUAUUGUGAUACAUCACUGAUUUUAGCAUAAUAGGUAUACAGGUUUGCAAAAUUUAAUUGUAGUACAAAUUGUGAAAUAUGAAUUUCUGUUUACAUUAUUUCAAUAACAAGCAAUAGACUUAUCCAGAAAGAAUAUCUUUGUGAUUUAAUUCAAUGAAUAAUUUUAUAUUUGUACUUGUUACUUUGUUAUUGCUUUUAUUAAAAUAGAUAACUACAUUUUUGUCUUUCGUAAAGAUAAUUUUGGGAAUGUUAUUGCUAAAAGCAAUGGAAGGUGCAAUAUGGUGUCAUUAAACAUGUAUUAGUAAAGCAGGUCUUUGUGGCUGACUGAAAAUUUGAAUGAUCUAAAUGUUUCAUUAAAUAAUCUGGCUACAUCA